GAAAUCAGCCAAGAGAGCCAAACAAGACCCGGAAUCAUUGUUGUUAAAGUACCCGAGAAGCAACGAACCAAUAGGCUUCUCCAUUCUUUGGCAGUUGAUAACUAAAAGCCCCCCAAACCACAAAAAGCUUAACCACACAACUCAUCAUCAUGGCAUCCCAACUGCUGCCCCUCGAGCUUAUCGACAAGUGUGUUGGUUCAAGGAUAUGGGUCAUCAUGAAGGGUGAUAAGGAAUUCAGCGGAACUCUUCUUGGCUUCGACGACUAUGUGAACAUGGUUUUGGAGGAUGUGACUGAGUUUGACUACUCCGGUAACCACACAAAGCUGCCCAAGAUUUUGCUCAACGGUAACAACAUUUGCAUGUUGAUCCCUGGAGGCGAGGGACCAGAGGGCGCGGCUUGAGGGCAAUCAGAAAAGGAAUGCUAGUCAUAGAAAAUGCACACAUGUCGAGGCUCGACAUAUCCAAAAGCCCGCAUGUGGGAGAUUCUCUGAAAUUGCGCCGAGAUUACUGGGUAUUGACGUUCUAGAGGGCAUGUCACGAGAAAAGAGUUGUGCGAUUCGCAAGGAUAACCUCUUGAUAUUGACUUCAUUAGAGACUCAUGUCUCGGGUUAAAAAGCAGUAAUCUUCAGCCCCC